CAAAACAAACAAUAAAAAUUCUGCAGGUUUCUAAAGCAUCUGAGUAAACUAUGUUGUGGCUAAAUCAGGAGGAGAAUAUAUAUAUAUAUUUUUUAAUUUGAAAAUGCUAGGUAGCUAAUGUGAUUUUGAUAUAAUCUCAGGGCAGUCUUUUUGUUUCUCUUCUUUUGUUAUGAUGUGACUAUUUUCUAAUAUUAAAGCAUUUUUAUCAGCCAAUGCACAUAAUAAUACUACUGGUGCAGUUCAAAGCUUAGUGCCUGGGAAACCUGUGGUCACAGUGCCUGCAACUGCUCUAAACAUUGGGAUGGACUUAUGGAGUGCGUCCCCAGCUGCAGCAGGACCCACAAAAAUAAGACCCAAUUCAUCUGGUGCUGCAUCUGCAGCUGCUUCUGGAAUGCAAGACCAGUGGAUUCAAGACGAACGUGAGCUGAAAAGACAAAAAAGGAAGCAAUCUAAUAGGGAGUCAGCUAGGAGAUCAAGAUUACGGAAGCAGGCAGAGUGUGAAGAGCUACAAGCUAGAGUGGAGAACCUGACCAAUGACAAUCACAGCCUUAGAGAGGAGUUACAGAGGCUUUCCGAGGAAUGUGAGAAGCUUACAUCAGAAAAUAAUUCCAUUAAGGAAGAAAUGACAAAACUAUGUGGACCGGAGGCAGUAGCUAAACUUGAACAGAACAACCCCUCAGCGGUUCCCCAAUCCCGUGGUAGUGAGGGAAAUAGCUAGUAAUAAACCUUUGAUGUCAGUUUGCCGCACAGGCAUUUGAUCUUGGAUUCUUUUUACCUUAGGCUUGAGUUGAUCAUAGAACAUUGGUUUGCAUACUAAUCCGUACAUUCUUAACCGUUGAUAACUGUAAUAUCUGUUUGCAAAAUUCAGACUUCUCGAUGUUGUAUUUGUAUUGUUAUAAACAACUUGGGGGGAAAGGGUAGGAUAAUUGGUGAUUUAUAUUUAUUUAAACCUCUAAGCACCAUGUUUUGUGUUAUUUUCUCUGGCGUGGAAAGGCCACAAGUGACCGGAAUUAACAAAUAUAAACGAAGAUUUUUUGC